GUACAUAAAAAUCGUUAUAUUUUAAAUUAGUUUUAAGAUCGCGUGCUUAAGCACGUGUUUCUUUAAUUAGUAAAAUAAUAAGGGGCAUUUUUAAUUUCUUUUUAUAAACUGCUAUAAAUUAAAUCCAUCUUCCCCGACUAUACAAGUGGUACUGUGGUCAACGUACUGAAAAUGAAGAAAGUGGAGCUGAUCUUCAUCCCCACGCCGAUCAUCGGCCACCUCACCGCCGCCGUCCAAUUUUCCGACCUUCUCGUAAAUCGACACCCUUUUCUCUCCAUCACUAUUUUCAUCUUCAAAGUUCCUUUCCCCACCAGAUCCGCCGAUCAAAUCCAAUCUCUUUGUUCCUCGGCCACCACCGAUCGCCUCCGAUUCAUCACUCUCCCGGAGCAACCCAUUCCAGAAGACGCCAAAAAAACCACCAUCCUCAAACCCCUCAUUGAAUCCCAGAAACAAAAUGUCGCCGACGCCGUCGCCAAUCUCACCGCCGCGCCGGACUCCCCUACGCUCGCCGGCUUCAUCAUCGACAUGUUCUGCAUACCCAUGGUGGAUGUCGCCAAACAAUUUUCCGUUCCCGCUUACCUCUUCUACACUUCCAGCGCUUCCUUCCUCGCCCUCCUCUUCCAUCUCCAAGAACUCUACGACGGCGAAUUCAAUCACGACAUGGACAAAUUGCUGAACUCUGCAACAGAAUUCACCGUCCCGGGUUUCAAAAAUCCGAUUCCGAGGAAACUGAUUUACACCAUGUUUUUCGAUAAAGAAACGACCGAAUGGGCGCACAGUCUCACUCGCAAGUUCAGAGAAGUAAGUGGGUUUCUGGUCAACACAUUUUCUGAGCUCGAAUCCGGUCCGAUUAACUGGUUUGCCAAUCAGAACCUCCCGCCGUUGUACACCGUCGGACCCAUUUUGAAUCUGAAGAAAAAGAAAACCCAAAUCGAAGAAACCGAGCAGGAGGCGAUUUUGAAGUGGUUAGACGAGCAGCCGCCAUCGUCAGUGGUGUUCCUCUGUUUCGGAUCAUUGGGGACCUUCAAUGAAUCUCAAACCAAAGAAAUCGCAGAUGCCUUAGAGCGAACCGGAGUGCGAUUCAUCUGGUCCAUACGGCAGGAUCCGCCGGAGAGCGUUCUGCCGGAGGGGUUUAUUAAUCGGACGGCCGGAAUCGGAAAAGUGAUGGGGUGGGCUCCGCAGGCGGAGAUAUUGGAACAUCCGGCGACGGGAGGGUUUGUGUCGCACUGUGGGUGGAAUUCGGUGCUGGAGAGUUUGUGGAAUGGUGUGACGCUGGCGACGUGGCCGAUGUACGCGGAGCAACAGUUGAAUGCGUUUGAGAUGGCAGUAGAGCUGGGAGUGGCGGUGGAGGUUUCGUUGGAUUAUAGUAUGGUGGCGGAGGAGGCAACGGCGGCGACGUUGUGGUUGACGUCGGAGAAAAUUGAGGCGGGGAUUAGAAAGUUAAUGGAAGAUUCAGAGGAGAUUAAGAAGGCGGUGAUGAUUAAGAGUGAAGAAAGUAAGAAGGCAAUAAUGGAGGGUGGAUCUUCUUUUAACGAUAUUGACCGUUUUAUUAAUCGUGCGGUCCAUAAUAUUCACACGCACUGAUUUUUAAUUUACUUCUUUGAUUUUAAAUUUUAAACUUAGGACUUAUUUAUCCGAAACUUAAGAAACUAGAUAACAUGAACGUUCGUGCAGUGAAAAUUUUAUUGCAGCUUUGUUUUUAAAAUUAUUUUUAAAUGUAUCUUUUUAUUCAAAUAAUAUUAAGUAAUUGAUAAG